AUGUCUGCUGCGGAAGAUUUGCCCGAUGAUGCUGACGUGGAAGCUGCAGAAUACAGUUUUCCUUCAGUUGCUUCCAACUUCUCUGGUGUUCCCAUUUUGCCGUCCUUGUCAUCCUCUGCGUGUGUCUCCCUACCAACGGCCGACAAGGAGCAGGCAAGCGAGAAACAAAGUGGACCUCGAACAUGGCUUGAUUUCUUUUUAAACAUCGAAGACUGUGGCGUCAUCUUCGCUCCUUACGACAUGCUACAGCGCGGUCAAGCCAUUGGCAAGGGUCACACUGGGGCCGUCUUCAAAGGCUCAUUCAAUGGGAGACCGGUGGCUCUCAAGUAUACCAACAUCGAUUCAACGCAACCGCGCUCAGUCGCAAAAGAGCGUCAGAAUGAUGCUUUGUUGAAGGAGACCGGCAUGGAGUUAAGGGUAAUGACACAUCCAGACCUGCGCCGGCACGCUAACAUCAUCGAUAUCCUUGCUAUUUCAUUGAAGCCCGAAUUGCUCACCGAAGAGCCAGAAGGAGAUCUUGAGGACGGCCAGCCUCAGGAUGAACUGGGGCUGCCGCUGUUGCAACCUGUGAUAGUGAUGGAGCUCGCCGUCACAGAUCUCAGGACCUUUAUGCUGUCCAACGCGUUAACAGCGCCAGAGACGCGGGCACGACUUGCCAGUGAGGUGACUCACGGGAUCUCCGGCCUACACAAAGCGGAUGUCACGGUUGGCGAUAUCAAACCUGACAACAUACUCCUCUUUCGCAAUUCUGACGGUUCCCUAACUGCCAAAAUAGCAGAUUUUGGGUUCGCAAGAGGCGCGGCUAACUUAGUUUCAUCACCAGACGUUGAACGAGAAGUUCGAGGCAGUACUCUUCCAUGGCGUGCCCCCGAGGACUCGUAUUCCCUGGGGCUCGUUCUUGCAUUCAUUCUUUUUGAUUUCGAUCCGGAAAAGGAGCCACGGCUCGAGUCCAAGGUGCCAGGUGGCACGCCAUCGCUCCAAGACAUUGCUCCCUCUAGUAACCUCAACGACCUAGUCCCUGCACUUGGCCGCUACGCUAGUCACGGGCUUUUGAAUACCUUGUGGGCAGAAUUCCGUACUGCUGCGUAUGCCUCGGACGACUGUGUGAAGUGCUGGGCUGACUUUGAUAAGGAUGGUGAAUCAAGCUUUCAAGCCUUCAUUGUACAAGAGCUGGUUUGA